CCAAGAAUUUGUCUAUUUACUAAGAACCUUAGUCUAUCCCCUUGUUCAAGAAACUUGAAACUUGAAAGACUAAAAGCAGAAGAACAAAGCAAACUCACUCUCUGACUCUCUCUCUCUCUCUCUCUCGUAAAACCCAGAUUUUGAUCUCAAAGGUUCUUUUGAUUUGAAAUAUGGGUGACAGUCAGUAUUCUUUUUCUCUAACAACUUUCAGUCCUUCUGGGAAGCUUGUUCAGAUUGAGCAUGCGCUAACGGCUGUUGGAUCCGGCCAAACGUCUUUAGGAAUUAAAGCUGCUAAUGGAGUUGUCAUCGCGACUGAGAAGAAACUACCAUCUAUUUUGGUUGAUGAAACCUCAGUUCAAAAGAUUCAGACGCUAACUCCAAACAUUGGAGUCGUUUACAGUGGCAUGGGUCCAGAUUUUCGAGUUCUAGUUCGAAAAAGUAGGAAGCAGGCAGAGCAAUAUCACCGCCUAUAUAAAGAGCCAAUCCCUGUUACACAGCUUGUUAGGGAGACCGCUGCUGUUAUGCAGGAGUUCACUCAGUCAGGUGGUGUUCGGCCCUUCGGAGUUUCACUGUUGGUUGCAGGGUUUGAUGACAAAGGUCCACAAUUAUAUCAGGUGGACCCAUCAGGUUCAUACUUCUCUUGGAAAGCUUCAGCAAUGGGGAAAAAUGUUUCUAAUGCAAAGACAUUUCUUGAGAAGAGGUAUACAGAGGAUAUGGAGCUCGAUGAUGCUGUGCACACAGCAAUUUUGACCCUGAAGGAAGGGUUUGAAGGGCAAAUUUCUAGCAAAAACAUUGAGAUCGGCAUAAUUGGUGCUGACAAAAAAUUCAGAGUACUUACUCCAGCUGAAAUUGAUGAUUACUUGGCCGAAGUGGAGUAAAUUGCAUUUCAUUUUAUUGAAGAUAGCAUGAGCACUGUUCUAUGAUCUUUCAAGAUUUAGCUGUUGUGAGAGAUUGAAUUCGUUAAAGCAAAGUGCUGAGGAAGCACAAACUAUAAAAUCCAGUGUGACUGAGCAGUUAUGGAACUUUUUGUAAUCAGAGUGAAUGUGUUGGCUAAAAGCAUUUGAUAUGUGUUUUUUUUUCCUUUUGCACCCAACACUUUUAACUUCUUUGUCCUAGCUAAACCAUGGUUUGAACCUCUCAAGUACUUAUAAAUGUCGAAACAUGCUUCUGACUUUGAUUUC